AUGGCAAAAUUAUUGUUGAUCAUCUCAUUUUUGGCCAUCCUAUUGGCCUCACGGGGAAUCCUAGCCAUUGAUUACACCUUCACCAACACUACUGUGUCGCGGAAGUUUGACAAGGAAAUCGGUAAGAACUAUACGCUGCAAAUCAUGAACGAGUCCACGACAUUCAUCUGGAAGACUUUCAAUCAAACGAGCCCAGCUGACAGAAAAAGCGUACAAAAUGUGAGCUUAUUUAUCGAUGUCAUGAAAGGGGUGGCGUACACUAUCGACAACCAGAUCCAUUUUAGCGCCGGGUACAUCCAGAACUACUCGGGCAACGUGAGUAAUGAAUUUACAGGUAUAUUAUACCACGAGAUGACUCAUGUUUGGCAAUACGACGGCAAAGGCCGUGCUCCCAGUGGCCUAAUCGAAGGCAUAGCUGAUUUCGUGAGGCUGAAAGCCAAUCUGGCGCCAAAACAUUGGGUUAAGCCUGGUGAUGGCGACAAAUGGAACCAGGGAUAUGACGUCACGGCAUAUUUCUUGGACUAUUGCAAUGACCAGAAGAAAGGGUUUGUUGCCGAGCUCAACAAGAUGAUGAAAGAUGGCUUCUCAAAGAAGUACUUUCAAGCGCUGCUUGGAAAGACGGUCAAUGAGCUCUGGAAGGAGUACAAAACUAUAUAUAAUCCCAAAAAGUAG